AGGAACACAACAGAUCAGGUGGUACUUCAUGGUGCAAAUUAAUCUGAAGCCAUUUUGGUUGAAUCUGCAGCUUCUUCCAUUUCGGGGCGACACUCUCUUCCUUUGCUCUUUUGUUCUCCGACUGCAGAUUUCUGAUGGAAAAGCUCAUUAUGAAUCUCUUGCCAGGCCACGAGAGCUCGGACGAUGGAAGUGCUGCGGCCAGCGAUGCAGACGCGGCUCAUCCUCAGGCUCCUGGCUGCGGAGAAGUGACCACCGAGGCGGAGCUGGAGCAGCUGGAGGAUCUUCAUUCGAGGCAGUCGGAGAUGGAGUCAGCUGCCGAAGGGAUCCGCUGCUUGACCGUGCGUUGUGCCCACAUGCCGGAGAACAGCAAGGAGACCCGUUUGUUGCGGAAGGCUGUCAGUGAUGGUGCCAAGAACAUCAUGAGUGGCCUGGAUUCUUCGGCGUCCGCAUGCCAGACGCAACUCUUGGACAUCCUGGACUGUGGAGAGCGUCGACAGUAUGACUUGAUGAUGGCCUUGACGAAAGGUGGCCAUGGUUGUCGCGAGCUAUUCCAAGCAGUUUGGCAACUACGGGACCGCAUUGACCAAAUCUUUGAUUUGGCAGGAUUGAGUCAGGGUGCAGGCAGCAACCUGAAAUACGACAGUCGCUGCAUCAAGUCUGAGCUGGAUUGUCUCCAGCAGGUGAUUGCAGAUUUCAAGAAGCUCGAGCAGAGGCUUUGCAGUUUUUGUGACCCCGCUCAUCGAGAAGCUGCCUUUAAAGCCAUCCAAGCUGCCAGCAACCAGAUUUUGAGCUCUGACAUUUUGGGGGAGAUCGGUGGAGUGUGGGAAGAACAUCAGAAGUUUCAAGAGAAGCAGAAGGAUUUGGAGACGAAGAGAGGCGAGGAGACCGCCGAGCUCAAGCUGAAAGAAGCACAGGUGGACUUCUUGAGCAGGAAGUUGAGCGCGGCCAAGGAUAAUACCGCAUGGAUCAAGGAAAUGUUGAAGCAGAAACAAGAGGAACAUGAAGAUUUGAAAAGCCGCAAAGAGAAUUCGGCGAAGGACUUCAUUUUUAGAUGUCACGGAGCCAAGGAAGAAGCAAAGCGGAAGAAACAGGAGCUGGCGGACAAGAUGGAGGAGGAUCAGAAGACGAGCAGAGCUCCUUUGGAUGAUUGUGAGGAGAAAAUCAGGAAUCUUCAGAAGGACAUGCUCAACCUCGAUAGGAUCAACAUCAAUCACAUCAUCAUUGCCUUGGACAAUAGUGGAAGUAUGGCAGGGCAGCGCUGGAAAUCUGCUUGUAAGGCAGUUGAGGCGUUUCAAAAUGCAUGUGUGAGUAGAGGUUCUAUCGACAAGGUGAGCAUCAUUCCCUUCAACAGUGAUGCAAAGUGCUUGGUACGAGCUGCUCCAGUGGCCAACAAAAUGGCAGACAAGCUGCGAAGGGAAGGAUGUGGCGGUGGAACUUGCUUUGUGUCUGCUUGGGAUCAAAUAGCUGAGUGCAUUGAAAGUGAGCCCAAGUUCGCAGCCAUCUUCGUGGUUUUCCUCACCGAUGGCUUUUCGCAAGACAUUCCUGAGGCUACAGUCAAGGCUGAGGCGCUCUUUGAAGCUGCUGGGCGGCAGGGUAGGCAGAUGUCUGCAUUCUUCGUGCACAUCAAUGAGCCCGGCUUUGAACCAUGGCCAGUGGAGCAUGUCGAAACGACUUUGCAACCCUUAGUCAAAGCUGCGAAUGGAGGCAGGGUCCAAGUGGACUAUUUGGACCAGCAUAUCUCAUUGUUGCAAGUGGUCCAGUCGCAAGACCUGGUACCAGCCUUUGAGAGAUUGACCAGCCUGGUGAACCUGGAGAAAUGCAUCUUGGAAGCUCGUAUGGCCAUGCUGAGGGACAUGCAGAAGGAGUACACCACCAAGUGCUCUGAACAUUACCAACAGCUGAAACAGCACUACGAACAGGAGGUAAAAAUGUUGAGCGACGUCGCCAGCAAGGUAGAGAAAUCAGGAAAGCAUGACAAAAACUACUUGUGUGGUUUGUAUCAGUCGCUGGAGAGCACAGUUCAAAAGGAAAUCACACAGCUGCAAACAUCCCUCAACAAAGCAGAAGAUAGUGAAGACGCCCUGAGAAAGAAGUUUGUUGAAUGUGAGAGCAAGUACAAUUCGUGCCUGCAAUACUUUGAAAAGAGUCAGCAAGACUAUGAGACCAAGUCAGCUGAGCUGCAGAAACAGUGCCAGACUCAUUUGGCACAAUUGGAACGCAUUCAUGAGAAGCAGAAGAAGCUCGUGGACCGCUUCGGUUCAAGCAACACUCACGUUUUGCAGCUUCAGCUUGAAAGCCUGCAGAAGAUGAAGGAACAGCUGGCUCGGAAUAACAUUAUGGAAGAGGACUUGCACUGCAUCGUCCGCUGCAUCGUGCGGUUCACCAACAAGUUCCAGGACCAGAUUGAACAGCCACUUCCACGCGUGGACAGAGUGUCUAAAGCCAAGGAUGCUUUGAAGAUGAUCUUGCAACAACGUGACCUGCAGUACGAUGGCGUACCGCAAAUGGAUAUGGAAAGGCUUCUGGAGCAUGAGGCAAAGUUACAGUGCGAUGACGACGAUGGAGAGGUGUCGAAGAUCAUUCAGACGUUUAGGGCCACAGGGAUUUCUGCAGAGCAGAUCUGCGAGGCUGUUGAUGCUGAAGGGGAGAAGCUGAAGGAAGCGAAGGAGGAGCUGGUGGGACUCCUACAGGAGAGAGCCUUCGAGGAGCAAGGCUGCCAGUCGGAAGGUGUGGAGAAGCAGCUUAAAGGGAAGAAGAAGGAGCUUCAAGGAAAGAAAGAGGAGUUGGCCAAGAAGGAGCAGGAGAUGAGAGAGUCCAAGAGGAAGAAGAAGCAAGCCAGGAGUAAUGUGAGCACCAGCGCAAGCGAGGAAGAGGACGGCUGGGAACUCAUUGACAAUUUGGAGAAUGAGGUCCAAGCCCUGAAGGAGGAGAAACAAAGUCUUGAAGGUGAGUUGAAAGAACUAGAGAGUGACUUGAAGACCCUGAAAAAGGAUCAGCAGGGGAUUUGCAAAGACUUGAAGCCUUGCUGUCGUGUCUUGGACUUUGUUGUGGAUGCUUGCCGCACGGCCUUCUUCGAACUCAUUGCAGAGAAGGAGAAGUUUGCCUUGAAAGCCAUCUUCGAGUCUUUUCAGAACACGGUGAGUGGCCCCAUGAAGGUCUUUGCGAAGAUGACUGAUCAGGCCAGGGAAGUCUUUGAGCACGACGUCUCAGUGCCACUCUCCUCUUCAAGAGUGGUCUGUGACAUGGGCAGAACGACCUUAGCGGUAGAAGAUGCGGAGUAAGUCGGUGGCAAUCGUCACCCGUUUUUCCGAGAAGCCAUGCAAAAGACCAUGUCUUUCGGCUUGGUCGUUGGCGAUGUUCCCAUGUCUUCCCGCAGUUUCUGGAUCCUCCUAUUGUUCUUUGUGAG